CCAGCGUCAGAGCUGUCAUUCGUCGCUCCCUUGUCGGUGGCGGUACCUGCUCCAGGUGGACCUGAGGGCCUGCGGCCAGGGGCGGCCCCGAAGGCAGGAGGCGGAGGGGAAGCAGGAGUAAUGGAGUCCAAAGAGGAACAAGUGGUCAAAGAUCUAAAUGCGGAAAAUGCCCAAGAAGAAAACGAAGGAGGGGAGCAGGCACCCUUGCAGAAUGAAGAGGAAUCCCACCAUCUGGGAAGGGGUGAAGGGCAGAAACCUGGAGGAAAUAUCAGAAGGGGGCGGGUUAGGCGACUUGUCCCAAAUUUUCGUUGGGCCAUACCUAACAGGCAUAUUGAUCACAAUGAAGCUGGAAAUGACGUAGAAAGGUUUGUAGGGCAGAUGAUGCAAAUCAAGAGAAAGACUAGGGAGCAGCAGAUGAAGCACUAUAUGCCUUUCCAAACUCCCGAACCUGACAAUCAUUAUGAUUUUUGCCUCAUACCUUGAAUCUUAAAGUUUUCCCUGAGGUUAAUUAUGUGGCCAUUGCUUUACAAGCUUGUAUUUUUGUGACUUACUUUUUCUGAAAAUCUUUUGAUGUUUCUACUUACAGUUUUUAAUUGAAUAUUGGUUUGUCUCAAUCUAUAAGUUUCUAUCAGCAUGGCAAUUUCACCCAUUUAAGGAAAGGAUAUUUUUUUCAUAACGUGAAAUUAAUAAAGCAGUUUAAAAAGCAGUCUCUA